CACUGGCGAUCGUAGUGGCAGUCCUGCCAACUUGUUUGCAAAUAGCUAACUAAAAAAAUGCAUCCAUGGGAUUAAGAUACAUACAACGAAUCUAAUACUAGUGUAAUAAUCGAAGAAACAGUCUACAUUGCUGGCAGCUUAAAACAAAAGACUUACUGUGCAAAACACGAUGACACCAUCAAUUGGCGUUUUACCAACGCUUUUCGCAGUAAUAUUCAUUAUUUUUAUUGCGCCUCAAGCCGAAUCGACACAAUCUGGAAUAUAUGUCGAUAAUGGUAAAGAUCAGACGGUAAUGCAACGUGUGCUAACCGACGAAGACAAGCUGGAUGUAUCCUAUGAAAUAUUGGAGUUCCUGGGAAUAGCCGAUCGUCCCAUGCAUCAUCGCAACCAUGGGCUAUCCCUAAGAAAAUCAGCUCCAAAGUUUUUACUUGAUGUUUAUAAUCGCAUUACCGCUGAAGAAGGACUCACAAUUCAAAGUAGCAACGAACACAGUCGCUCCAAGCGAGAUCUAAAUGAAAAUGAGCAGAAUUUUAUAACUGAUCUCGAUAAACGUGCAAUUGAUGAAAGUGAUAUUAUAAUGACAUUCUUAAACAAACGUAAUCACAAUGUGGAAGAGAUGCGGCACGAGCAUGGACGUCGUCUCUGGUUCGAUGUCAGCAAUAUACCCAAUGAUAAUUACCUAAUGAUGUCCGAACUGCGCAUUUAUCAGAAUUCAAACGAAGGCAAAUGGAUGACGACUAAUAAACAAUUUACAGUUACCGUCUACAUGAUCCGAUCCAGCGGAUCGUCACAGAAUACAUUAGAGCCGCUUUCCUCGGUGAACACAACGGGCGAUUAUGUUGGCUGGCUGGAGCUGAAUGUCACAGAAGCGCUGCAUGAUUGGCGCACCAAUGCGAAUGAGAAUCAUGGCAUCUAUAUCGGAGCACAUGCUCUGAAUAAGCCAGAUCGUGAAAUUAAAUUGGAUGACAUUGGCUUGAUUCAUCGCAAGAUCAAGGUGGACGAUGAGAAUCAACCGUUUAUGAUUGGAUUUUUCCGAGGCCCCGAACUGAUCAAGGCCACAGCCUCGCACAAUGCACAAAGGCGUACCAAACGCAGCACAUUGCAUCAGCGCAAGAAGAGCAAAUCGGAGCCGGUGAAUCCAUUUGCGGAAAAUAUCGUUGAGAAUACACGCAGCUGUCAGAUGCAAACACUUUAUAUUGACUUCAAGGAUCUGGGCUGGCACGAUUGGAUCAUUGCGCCAGAUGGCUACGGUGCCUUUUACUGCAGCGGCGAAUGCAAUUUUCCACUUAAUGCGCAUAUGAACGCCACGAAUCAUGCGAUCGUUCAAACUCUGGUCCAUCUGAUCGAGCCGAAGCGAGUACCGAAGCCCUGCUGUGCACCGACACGAUUGGGCGCAUUACCUGUACUCUAUCACCUGAAUGAUGAGAAUGUGAAUUUGAAAAAAUAUAGAAACAUGAUCGUUAAGUCCUGUGGGUGCCAUUAAAUAUAUCAAUUUAUAUAGUUUGUAAAUCUACAUUACCAUUUACAUGUACUUCCAAUCUCGAAUAUAUAUAUAUAUAUAUACACAUAUAUAUAUAAACCAAAUGUAUUAUAAAAAGAAUAUGAUUUUGUAUUGUAUUGAAAAACAAAAAAAAAUCCAACUGAUUACAAAUGAAAUGAUAAUGCAUUUUCCUAUACAUUCAUGUCUGCAAGUUAUACACAAUUAAGUUUCUAAAUGAGAUUACAUAUGUAAUAAUUUCAAUUUCAAUUUUAUAAUAAUAAUAGUAAUACAUAGUUAUUGUAGUUGUACUAUCCGUAACUAUGCUUAAGUAACAUAAUUUAUCCAAAGUGAUUUUCUGUUUGAUUCUUGUCUUGAAUCAAUACUUAAAACGCUUUCAACUAGCUGAACGCCAAUAGUACUAACUGAUUGUAUAAUUAAUGUUAAUUGUUAUGUGUGUGUAUCCAAUGGUGUCGAAAUGCAAAUAAAUCCAUAAUUAAAUUUCCAA